AUGGCGGCCGUCGACCCGACGUACCCUCUGUAUCCCACUGCUUGCAUUCUGACUUCGGUGAUGCUACUACUCGUACAACUGACGAGCUUCGUUCGACAUAGCUGGAAUCUGGGCGUCACGUUCCUGUGCUUCUGGCUUUUCCUCGAGACUUUGACGAGUGGCGUCAAUGCUGUCGUAUGGUCCGAUAACGCCGACAUCAAGCUCUAUGUGUACUGUGACAUCGUCUCGCGUGUUCAAAUCAUCACCUCAGUCGUCAAGCCUAUGGCAACCCUCAUCAUCACUCGCCGGCUAUACCUUAUUAUUAGCCUCCAGUCUAUAGAGCCUCACAACUUGGACAAGAAAGCGAAUCGCAGGAACCUCGCAAUAGAGUGGACGCUUGGCUUGUUGAUUCCUCUCAUUGUGGCGGGACCUCUCUACUACGUCGUCCAAUGGCUUCGCUUCCAGGUAGAAGAGGGCUUCGGAUGCGGCAACUCUCCCGAUGGCUCAAUCUUGAGCAUUCUGCUCAUCUAUUCAUGGAGCGUGAUACCUCCCCUAGUGUCUAUCGCCUUCUAUUAUCCGAGCGUUGUCAGAAGGUUCUACAAGCAUAGUCGGGAAGUCAACCAAUUCCUGCGAAGCAACAACUCUGUCUCUCGCCGCAACUACUUCCGCAUCCUCGCUCUCGCAAGCAUCGACGUCCUCCUCACCCUCCCCCUCGGAAUCGCAAACAUCGCCCUGAUCAUAACCCAAUCCUUAUCCUUCGGCCCUCUCACGUUCUACUAUGGCUGGGCAAGCGACCACAACUCAACCACUUGGGAGCCUCAAGGAUGGCCCUAUGCAGAAGUGGUCGCACAGGGGACGUCGACGGUGGCUCAAGACUAUUUCGCUCAAUGGACGUCGCCUAUCUUGGCCUUCGCUAUCUUCGGCCUAUUCGGCUUUACUUCGGAGGCGAGGGCGUCGUAUUGGAGUAUAGCGUGUGCUAUUGGAGGAUGGUUCGGCUGGAAGCCGGCACCGCCGACUGGCAGGACACGUUCACCGCUGCCGGUGAUGGAGUUUGGCGUGUGGCCUCAUCAGUCGGAUUCAAUGUCGCUGGGCCUUGGGUCCGAGCCAAACUACGUCGACCGCACGCCAGACAAGCAAGAGAUCGGCGUGGUAGACCAUCUGGAGAUGAACUCGGGCGAACGAGCGGUCGGCGACGUUCAGACGGUGUCAAAGGCGGAGAAGGGCACUGUACAUGAUCACGCAGCGCAUGUAGACGCCUGA